AGAGCACGUGGAGAUGCGGUAACGUCUCGCGGGCGCGCCCCGCCUGGCUGCUCCUAGAAGGGGACGGCGAGCGGGGUGCGGGGCCCCGGAACGCGGCGGCGGCGCAGCCCCCCUGGCGUUGCCAGGCGCACGGUUGCCGGGUAACCCGUGCUGUUGACGGUGUGUCCAGAGCGCCCGGGCUCGCUGCGCGCUCGCCGCCCCCACCAUGGCCUCCCGCGGCGCGGGCACCCUACUGACCGAGUUCAACGCCGCCUACGUGGCCCCCGGCCUCAUGCCCGGGUACCAAGGCCAUGUUCCUGGCGUGGCCUUCUCCUUCGGCUCCCCUUACGGUACCACCACGCUCAAGUACCUCCAGGAGCAGCGCAACGCAGAGAAGAGCCACACUCCCUUCCGCAAAGGCGGCCACUUCCUGGCCAGCUUGUUCCCAAACCCCAACCAGGUGCUGAGUGACCGCUCCUGCACCCGGGACCGCUGGCUGCACGCCCCCAGCUGCACCCGCUUCAACCUGGACAGUAGCCGCGCGGCCGAGCUCUCGCGCUUCUACCAGAUGACGCAGCAGCAUCGGGAGUACUAUCAAGACAAGACGGGCAUGGCGCCCCGGGUCCCCUACUUCGUGCUGCCUGUGAGGGAGUGGGAACGGUACCCCCCCCCCACCGACCUGCCUCCUCUGGGCCCGAAGAAGAAGUGGCACCUUUUAAGAGUAUCCCCUGAGAACCUGAGGACCUACCAGACAUUCCCAUCAGGGAAGAGGGUCUCCGCACAGGAGCGGCAGAUGCGGGACUGCUACUUUGAGUUCAGAGCCUGAUGCCUGAGAGCUGCGGCAUCACCAGGUUGGCUUUCUGGAAUAAAAUCUUUAUCCGUGACCCUCCCACGCUCCUCUCCUCUGAGCCCCAGGAGCACUUGGCCACAGCAGGACAGCACUGAGGGUCACACAGCACGGUGUCUGAGGGGCCUGUGGAAUGCUCACCCAGCAUUGGUUGGAGCCAAGAAAAGGCAGUGUCAGCACCCUGCUGGGCCCACACACCUCUCCCUUGAGGACUGCAGGGCUCCUGAGUCUUGGUGGCAGGUCACUCAGGCACAGAAAUACCUCCCAUCUGCUUCCACUGGGAUAAUCAAGGAAGUCCCAUUAUGCCAUGUCUGAGAAUGAGGGUGCAGUGGCCCUGGAAUGCUUGCGCUGGUGUCAGAUGCAAAGGGAUUCCCACUUGAGCCUCGGCUCAGCAUCAUUUCAUUCACACAAUAGCCUGUGAGAGAGGGGGUGUUGCCCCCACUUUACUGAUAAAGACACCAAGGCUCAGAGGUGGAAAGAAUUGUCCAACCUCACGCAGCUGAGAAGUGGCACAGCCAGGGUUCAAACCCAGGCCUUUCUGACUCCCAGGCUCUGCUAUCUCCACCGCACACUCUGCUUGUGGCCCAUGUGAGGUGGGGAUGACGCAGAUCCCGGAGGGCCCUGUGGUGCCUGAGAGGUGAAACCACUUUCUGCAUUCUGCCCAGACUGGCAGGGACAGUCUGACUUGGGACCUACCCCCUGGGACUGUUUCUAGAAGGGGACAGGAGGGAAGGGACCCGAGACUAAGACACUCUUCAAGGCAUCGCUGUGCAUCAGGGACCUUUACGCCAGAGUGGACACUGGGUUCCUAGGUCACAUCUGGAGGUGGCCUGGGAGGGUCAGGGUCUGAAGGCUGCUGCUUCCCACCUCCUGGGAGGCCUCCUGUCUGUGGGACAGGGCACAGGAUGUGGGGGACAGACCCUUUGGAGACGGGAUCUAGAAUGGGAACCUUGGGUCAGGUGUGUACCCAUACCAUAGGAAUUCUCCAACAUUCCAGCACUCCUGGAUUUGAUCAAGGGACUCCAUCAAGAAAGGGCUCUUAUUUCCCCUAAAGGCAAGGCAACCACAGCAGGUUCAAGUACACGGGAGGGUGAAAUAGACCUUCCCCGUGAGCCAGCAUUUAGACACUUCCUCCCCUGAGGACAGGGUAAACAAGAAAAAACGUGUGCCCGUCAGGUAGGCAUCUGACAGCUUUCAGAGACCCACUAAGGGGCCUCUCCUGUGUGCCAGACCAGCUGAGCCCCAAAGAGCCCCUGUGGUGGCCAAAUUCAUUCCAGGGCUUGGCUGAGUAGCAAAGCAAAUAAACCCUGAUCGCUGGUCACACACUGUCGCGUCCCGAGGGUGCAGGGGUGCCGAGUAGGGCCAAGAUGUCUUGGGAAGCCAGGCGCCACUUGGAAAGACUGCUCAGCGCGUAGCUCUGUACAGCCUGCAUCCGAGAGGCGAGAAGAGAGGCUGGGCGGAGGCUCCAGGGAAGGGAGGGAAGGACGUGUAUUUUCCUGGUGAAUUUCAUCCCAUUUGGCCUGGUCCCUGCUGUGACAUGUGUUGGCCUCAAAAGGACUGGCCAUCCCAGUCUUGGCAUCACAGGCAAACUUAAGCCCUGGA